AUGCAUUUUUCAGUGGUUUUCUUCCUAUUUGUAUAUUCGGUACAUAGUCUUCAAGAGACCAGAGGCAUUGUGUUGAGAUCCAAAAGACAAUUAUACUUAUGUGGAGUUCAACCAUACCAAUACUAUUCCACUAGUCCAUGCCCAACUGCUGGAUCUUGCCCGAACGGUGGAUUAUUUCUAAAUGCACCCUGUCAAGAAUCAGCGCAGUGCUCCGCAUUCUAUUCUGGAGUGUCUUCUUGUAUAAAUGGAUAUUGCUGCUCGUCUCCGAACUCUCAGAACAACCCAAUUCCAAUUAUUACUACUACCACCACCACUCGAGCCCCCAACGGAUUUGGUGUCUGUCCGUCGGGACAAUUGUCGGAAGUUAGAUGUACUGCACGUGGGCAAUGCGCAUCUGGACAGACUUGUAUUGGAGGAUUGUGCUGUACAAUAACAGGAAACGAGUGGAAUGUUGCUUGUGGAGGCCAAGUAGCCCUUGGAUCUUGUGACAUGACCUCUCGAUGCUCCUCACAAUCACAAGUUUGCACUUCGUCCAACUAUUGCUGUGAAUGUCCCUAUGGUCGAGCAUAUGGAACUUGUGGAUUUGGCAUAUGUCCAAACGGUUUCACCUGCCAACCUAAUGGAAACUGCUGUCCCGUGUGCCCGAAUAAUCAAACUCCGUUUGGCACCUGCGUAGCAGGACAGUGUGGUGGUGGAAGAACUUGUCGCAGUGGAAACAUCUGUUGUUGA